GGCUCGCGGCUGUUUUGUCUGAAUUGUCGUUGGGCUUCUGUGGGCUUCAUCUGUAGUGGUUGCAAAGUGGGCUUCGUCACACUUUUAUGUCGAAACAUAAAAUACAAAAGAAACCUCGGCGUCUCCGUCGAAGCUUAUCGUCUCUGUCUCUUCAUCUUUUCAUCGCCUCUACCUUUUCGUUUUCUCCGAUCGAAGAGCGAGGAAGCCGAUAGUUAAUCGAGUUUUUACACAAUCAAUACUUCUUUUAUGAUUUCGUUUCACCUCCCCCUUUUCAUCCUUCUUUAUAUAUUGAUCUUUUUAUUUCAUAUAAACCAAAACCCUAGAACCACUCAAAACUCGAUCCAUGGUGAUGAAACGAAAUGGGAAGUCGCAUGUCUCCUCAGACUCUGAUGAACAAUUCAUGUCCUUCAAGGAUGUCUCUCUAGGUCCCCAUGAAGCUCAGCUACGCUUCCGACUCAUCCAUUUCUGGGAGGCUCGGAACCCGGUGAAGAAGACACUGAUUGGCCUCGAAAUGCUCCUUAUCGACGAACAGGGAACUGUUAUUCAAGGAUUUAUCCCACCUGGACGAAUUAAGAAGUACCUGCCUGAUAUGAAACGUGGAUCGGUUUACAAACUCAUCAACUUCUACGGAUCGAAAAACAAACCGGUGUAUCGGGUUGCUGAUCAUCUCGCAACCGUGUCUUUCACAUGGAAUUCUGAAAUGUCGGCUCUUCACGAGAUUCCCAUCUCGAUUGAUGAAGACCGUUUCAGGUUUCAUUCACACGAAGAUUUUGAAACUAACUGUGAUCUCAAAGGUGACCUCUACGAUGUUGUAGGCCAUAUGAAGCUGGUCGAUGGACAGACCCUGAUUGAGCGUCCCAUCAUUGACGAUGUGAAGAUCGCUACCACUCGGCACAUCAUGAUUCAUGUGCAAUCACUUGAUGGGCAUGUGAUGAAGCUCUACCUUUGAGACCAGGCUGCAACAGACUUCAUCAAGAAAUUCAACUCCUGUGAAAACACUCCCACGGUGCUUUUGGUCACAACCGUUAACACCAAGCGUCUCGGAGGUACCCUUGCCCUGACUUCUAUGUCCUCUACACGGGUUUUCAUGGACAAUGAUGUCCAACCAACCAGGAAUUAUUUAACAUGGUAUGUAUCCCGUCUUCAGCAUCUGUUCUAUACAGUUUCAAGUGACGCAUACACUUACGCUUAUAUAGUAGUAAAUGACUGAAGCUCUGUUUUAUGUUUUGUUUCAGGCUGGGCUCUAAACCAUAGAUUGCUAAUCAGGUUAGCGCAGACGUCAUCACUAAGCGUGAGACACUGACUAUAGCAGAUAUAUUCUCCUACAUGAGUCAGGAAUCUGCAAAGGAUGCCUUUUUUGAGUGCACGGCUACGAUUGAUGAUGUUGUGCAUGGCUCUUCUUGGUACUAUAUUGGAUGCAGUGAGUGCCAUUCUAAGGCUACCAAAGGCACAAAUUCAUUGAUUUGUACAAACGCAAAAUGUGCGAAGGUUAACACAACUGGUGUUGCACAGUACCGUGCAAAGAUUUCUGUUUAUGACAACACUGAACAAGCUUUUUUUGUCCUACUUGGAGACGCUGGGCAUGAGUUGACUGGGAGGCAUGCAUCCGAAUUAGUUAGCAACUACUUUAAGGCUAAUAAAAGCGAAGGAGCUGACCAUGAGGUGCCUAUCCCGGAAACUCUGAUCAGCAUCAUCGGACAGACACAUAAGUUCUGUGUGAAAGUUACAGAUCACAACUUCUCAGGCAAUACCCGAGCCGUAACUGUCACCAAGAUCCUCCCUCUAGACACACCACCACCUACGGAAGCCUCAGUUGGAAAUGACAUUGGUGCAACGUCCGAGGAAUCAAAGCAGUCUGGAAACGACGUCUGUGAACCCCCUACAAGCCGUGGAGAUCCUGCAGAUGAGGAUAGCAAGCGGACGUGUGGCAGUGCUGACCCAGGGACAGCUAAACGCCCAAGAUGUGGGAAUUAGAACUUGGGUUCAUUGGUGUUUAAGUCUAUGCUUUACAGUUCAAGGAUUGUUUUU